AUGUCGGGAGCUCCGUAUAACUACUCCUACAUCUUCAAAUAUAUCAUCAUUGGUGAUAUGGGUGUGGGAAAAUCAUGCCUUUUACAUCAGUUCACCGAAAAGAAAUUUAUGGCUGAUUGCCCGCAUACUAUUGGUGUCGAGUUCGGAACUCGUAUUAUUGAGGUCAGUGGACAGAAAAUCAAACUACAAAUAUGGGACACUGCUGGGCAAGAGAGGUACGAUAUUUGCUAA